ACCUGCAUGGCCAGGCAACCUUCACCAGAGGUGGCCCUGCCAGCCCAGGUGAUGGCUGCAGACAGUGCUGAAGCCCCUCUGCUCCGGGCCACCCGCCACAGCUCCCAGCCACCAGCCCCAGCACGGGGUGCUGAGGAAUGCAAACCACCACCCCUGCUCUCCCGCCGCAGCUCCAUCCUCAGCACCCACCUAGCACCCCUGGCCAGCCGCCGCAGCUCACUCGGGGCAGCCCCAGGGAGCAGGCGCUUCUCCAUCAGCUCCUGGAUGCUCCACAGCCGUGUCAGCUUCUCUGGACUCCCCCUCUUCCAGCCCAUCCUCAAGACCCACCUCGAAAACACUUACAGGAUGGGACCAGAUGAAGGCUGCAAGUUCAAUGCAGGGCGGGUGCAGCAGGUGCUGGAGGGAGUCCUGGCUGGGACCCUGGGGACCUCAGUCUACAGCCCCCAGAGCAGUGCCCCCCUGGCCCAGAGCCUGGCUGAGCUGCUGCGGAGCCGAGCAAAGGAGGUGGUACCACCCCGCUACAAGCUGGUCUGCCAGGUGCUGCUGGGCCAGCAAGGCCAGCAGAGCCUGCUGGCAGCCAGCCGGGCACUCUGGGACCCCGAGAGUGACAGUUUUGCUUCUGCCACUUUCUCCAACACCUCCCUCUUUGCUGUGGCCACAGUGCAUGGGGUCUACUUUGAGUAG